AGGCAACCUACUUCUUGAUCCUAAAGGGUUUAGAGGAUGAGGGUUUGGACCAAAAGGAGCAAUGUGUUGUUGGCAAGGAUCAUUAUAAAACGAGUGCUUAUCCUAAAGAACAAAUUACUAGCCCCUUUUCUUCUCGUCCUCAAUCAGCCUAUCGGUUAACUUUUGUGCGAGUGGAUACCUACCAAGUAAACAAAAACCAUAAGGCAAUUAAAAAUUUAGCUCGAAAAGCAAAAUCUCAAGAUCCAAAUUUCAAGAGAAAGAGACAUGCGAUU